AUACAAUUGCACACAAACCAAUAUCCACUCUUUAUUACAAAAAAAAUGAGAAAGAUAGUCUUUAUCUAAAAGGCAAAUCAUGUUCUUAUCAAGACUUGUUCAAAGCUUCAAAAGACUUUCGUCGCAAUCAAGAGUUUGAGCAUUGGAAACUAUUAAAGAAGAUUGAUUGACCAUUGUUGUAUUUUACUGUCGCAUAGUUUACUUCAUAGCUUACGAUAUGUCUAGUGAGUUUCAACCAGAAACCGUAUAUGACAUGGUUGUAGUAGACCGAGAACAAGAUGUUGGUGUAGUAACAAAGCAGUUAUUUCAGCUAUACACUCUCCGUAAACUUGGUAUCCCUUUCAAACCAGUCAUACCCUUUGGUCCCCACCUCUUCGGAAGUGGGAAGACAAAAUUCGUAAAAAGUUACUUGGAACUGGUGAAUAAUAUGGGUGAAAGUGCACUGAUAGGUCUCGAUUACGUUGGUGAGUCUGAGAAGGCCAACCGAAGAGGUUUCCUGGAGAAGCUGAAAAGGGCUUCGUUGCUUUAUGUGGAUUUAAGGGGGUUGAAGCCCACAGUCCCCAUAGAGCUUUUUCGAAACCUAGAGUGGGCAGUCUACUAUCGAAUGAUAGAAGCGUGUUGCACUUCUGUUGGACAAGAACCAGAGGAUGAAGAAGUAGUAUUUAAAGAAUGCCGUACACGUCCCUAUAAGUUAGUUAGAAAACUUCGUUCAAUCUUAAACAUUCCUUCCGAUCAAUAUCUUUUGGUAGCUUUUGAUGAAGUUGGUGUGUUUGAUACAAAAGCAACUUUUUUUGAACUGGAGAAGAAUGACAAAGGCGUGGUUCGACCGUACAAUGACUUUUUCGGUAUCAUUAGUCAAUUGUGCGAAGAACCCGACUUGUUUUUUAUAGUUGUUGGGAAAAGUGAAGGCUUAAAUAUAUACAAUUACGUAGCUUCAGUCUCAAGGGUUCAGUUAGUGUUUAUUCCUCUUUCGCCGCUUGAGAAACAUAGUAUCGUGGAACAUUUGGAGAAAAGUUCUUCCUUUUUAUUCCCUGGGAGCCCAAAGGUUUCAGAAAUUCUUUGUCACAAAGACUUCUCAACUAGUGAACUUGCAGAAUUGUUGUUGGAAUUGACUGGUGGUGUUCCUGGUUUACUUGUUCGAGCAAUCAGUUACCUUUUGCUGUAUAAAUCAUCCAACAACAAUUUCUUAUUAUCUAAGGAAACCUUCUUGAUCAUAAUGAAUAGCUUUCUAGUAACAAAUUAUUGUGUUGCGCCAUUCUUACCUCGUCUGAUAAGUCUCAGUGAGCAGCGUAAGCGCUUGUUAAGAAUGCUUACGUUAUUAUCUUUGUAUCGUAUUCGAUUUGAUUUUGAUGAAACUGUGCAAAUAAGCUCCAAUUCUGAUGUGUUUUUGUUUGAUCUAGUUACAGAUAUGUGUCUCUAUCGUCGAUUGGUUAUAGAACCAGACCGCAACGAACGCUGUGAAGUGUUGAUUCCCAAGUUACUUAUUGAAUAUAUUGACCAAGGCUUAAAGGAUGAUCGUUUAGAAUGGUUACUUUUACAAACUCUCAAGUCUCAAUCUGUUGAAUUCUUUUAUGAGUCGAAAUGUCGAAUUUUGGAAGGUCUUAUUGCUACACUGUUUUAUUUACAUUUUUCUCGGCGUCCUACAAACAGCUCAAUGUUUUCUACUCUUGGUCAAUUGUCUCGUGUUUGGAAUGAAAUGAAUUUGCAAUUUUCUUCCGAAUCUGCUGCUUAUUAUAUGAAAUCUAUACAUUAUACCAGGACUGUAUCAGGAACAGAGAGAAUGACAUUUGGAAGCAAUGAUGAAUGGGGAAAGGAUAGUGGAAGAAAUUUGCAUGGAAGAACGAAUGAGAAGAAUUUGAUGAUUGUGGGUAUUGCUUGUAAAGGCCGAUGGAGUCGUGAUGGUAUUCGAUGGAAUGAAAUUUUGGAAGAAGCUCACAAGUUUUUAAAACCAGUUCAUGAUCAAGUAUUGACUAGUCAUCCUACAUGGCAUUGUAUGUUGAUUAUUUUGAGUACCAAGUUGGCUACAAAUGUAUCUGAGGACUUGAAUUAUUCUAGUCGUUGUUAUUCAUCUGGCGAUAGUGUUGAAGAUUUCGUGAUUCCUCACAACUGUGAAUUGGUUAUUCUUUCUGAAGCUGAUGUAGAAAACUUUAUUGGCAAAGACAUUUUAUCAAAUUUAAGGAACGCUUUCAAGUCUGUGGAUAAUCCACAUUCGAGAAAUAUUGGCAUUUCAACCCUACAAGAAAUAGUUUUAUCUCUUUCCAAAAAUAUUUAGGAAUAUCUUGUUUUAAUAUCUGAGAAUUUUUCCAAGGAUAGACACUUUCAAAAGUCGUCAUAAAUCAGGGGCUGUUUUA